AUGGUUUUCCAACAAUCAAGCACCUCUGGUGGAGGUUCUUACACAGAAAUGGCACCCACAAGUACCUCGAUUCCGAAUAACACUGGCAAAAAGAAUGCAAUCACCCCAAAGCCACACCCCGACCAACGGAAUCAGGCCUCCUCUUAUCUGAGCUACGAUGAUCUAGCCACAAUGCCGACAGACAAAGCUACAGACAUGCCACGCUCCACUUCCGACCGCGGACAGACGAGUGAUUCGAUGUCGGAUAGUCUUGAGUCGAAGAGUUCCUACCUAGGAACAAGUUCCCUGGGUCGUUCCUCAGGCCCAAGAGAUAUCAAGCCCCAGGGGUCUAACUCGAGUGAAUAUGAUCGCUUUGUUGGCGAUAAUGAGUUGGAUAGGGAGGGUAUUGAUAGAGAAAUGGGUGUCCACCAGGUAAGAAUGACCGACCUGCUGCUGUGGCAUCAACGCAUCUGCUGA